GCUUCCUGUCAUCGCAGAGUCGACAGAGAAAACUACGAGCGGUUGGCAAACUUUCCCAAGCUCUGUGAUCAAUGACAGAAAUUACCUGGGAUAAUCGACAACGCCUUUCUUCGAACGCUACUUUGUAGGAUUGAUGCGUUUAAACUGAAAUCAUGCAGUUUUCUAACAACGGGGACUUCACGUUCGUCUCCUCGACAGAAGCGCAAGAGCUCAGUGGCACAAUCGCUGCCCCUGAUAUCAAAGUGAACAUGGACAGUGACAGUGGUAAAGAUCCAUAUGCCACUGCUUUCCUGAGGCAGCGAGGCUAUGGUUGGCUGCUGGAGGUGGAGGAGGAGGACAGCGAGGAGAGCAAACCUCUUUUAGAGGAGUUGGACAUUGACCUGAAGGACAUCUAUUACAAGAUCCGCUGUGUGCUGAUGCCAGUGCCUUCACUGGGCUACAACCGGCAGGUGGUCCGAGAUAACCCGGACUUCUGGGGCCCUCUUGCUGUGGUGCUGCUGUUCUCCAUGAUCUCCAUCUACGGACAGUUCAGGGUUGUUUCAUGGAUUAUCACCAUCUGGAUAUUUGGAUCACUGACCAUUUUCCUCUUGGCUCGUGUACUUGGUGGGGAGGUUUCCUACGGUCAGGUCCUUGGAGUGAUUGGAUAUUCCCUUCUUCCACUCAUUGUUAUAGCCCCUCUGCUUCUUGUGAUUGGAGGAUUCGAGGUGAUUUCUACCUUAAUCAAACUUUCCGGAGUGUUUUGGGCUGCUUACAGCGCUGCUUCGCUGCUUGUUGGAGAUGAAUUCAAAAGCAAGAAGCCUCUUCUCAUUUAUCCCAUUUUCCUUUUGUAUAUUUACUUCCUGUCCUUGUACACCGGCGUCUGACGGGUGAGUUUCAAAUAUGGACCUUUUCAUGGACCCACAAGGAGGAAACAUUCUUACAUUGGAAGCAGGAUUUUAUGUACAGUAUAUUUCUUAGUUAGAUUGUAGACUGGGGGAUAUAUACUGUACGCUAUGUAUAUAUACUGUAUGUAUAGAUGUUUCCUUGUAUAUAGUUUUGUCCCUUGUCUUUGUUCAAUAAAAGGUAUCUGCUUUUA